GUUAGGUUUGUGUCGUUGUUUUUUGUUGAAAAACGCGAAAAUUGGAAAAGCCGUUUUAUUCAGUGAUUUUUGUGAUCAAACGAGCAAAACCGAUAGUUGCCCCAAAUAUUAGUUAGGUGCCCUUAGUGCUAGUAAUUCCAACAACAUGGAUUUCCUCGAGUAUUCAGAUGUAUCUUCUGAAGUAAAAGGAUUUAUGGCCCCUGGAAAACUCAAAAUGACUGACCAGAACAUCAUCUUUAAAAACAGCAAAACUGGGAAAGUCGAACAAAUCCCAUCGGCAGACUUUGAGGCUGUAAAUUUUCAAAACUUCGCUGGAACUUGGGGUAUCAGAGUCUUUCUCAAAAACGGCACGUUGCACAGAUAUGCGGGCUUCAGAGAGUCGGAGAAGGAAAAAAUCGCAAAGUUUUUUUCAAGCAAUUAUAAAAUCGACAUGUUAGAAAAGGAAUUGAGCUACAAGGGAUGGAACUGGGGUACGGCCAAAUUUAAUGGGUCGGUUUUGAGCUAUGAUAUUGGAGAGAAGAGUGCUUUCGAGUUGCCAUUGAAUUAUGUGUCACAGUGUACUGCUGGCAAGAAUGAAAUUACAAUGGAAUUUCAUCAAAACGAUGAUGCGCCAGUCAGCCUUAUGGAAAUGCGCUUCUUCAUCCCAUCCAGUGAACUAGCUGGAGACACCGAUCCUGUUGAAGCAUUCCAAGAACGAGUUAUGUCCAAAGCCAGCGUUAUCAGCAUAUCAGGGGAUGCCAUCGCUAUAUUCAGAGAUCUACCUUGUCUCACACCUCGUGGUCGUUACGAUAUCAAACUAUACCAAUCCUUCUUCCAACUUCACGGUAAAACAUUUGACUACAAAAUCCCAAUUUCAACAGUACUCAGGCUUUUCAUAUUACCACACAGAGAUGGGCGUCAAAUGUUCUUUGUUGUCAGUUUGGACCCUCCGAUUAAGCAGGGUCAAACCAGAUACCACUUUGUAGUGUUUUUAUUCAACCAAGAAGAUGAGACCUCUGUGGAACUUCCAUUCACAGACGAGGAGUUGAAAAAUAAAUAUGAUGGUAACUUGGAAAAGGAAAUAUCUGGUCCAACCUAUGAAGUUUUGGGAAAAAUUAUGAAGCAUAUUAUUGGACGGAAACUUACUGGACCUGGUGCUUUUAUUGGACACUCUGGUACAGCUGCAAUAGGUUGUUCCUUCAAAGCAGCUGCAGGAUUCUUAUAUCCUCUAGAAAGAGGCUUCAUUUACGUCCAUAAACCACCACUUCAUAUUCGUUUCGAAGAAAUAGCAUCGGUCAACUUUGCAAGAGGAGGAGGCAGUACCAGAUCUUUUGAUUUUGAAAUCGAACUCAAAUCUGGAACUGUUCAUACAUUCAGUAGCAUUGAAAAAGAAGAAUAUUCUAAGUUGUUCGACUUCAUUACGUCAAAGAAACUUAAUAUUAAGAAUAGAGGAAAGAGUGAUAAAGCAUCCUACAAAGAUGACUUUGGAGAUUCUGAUGAUGAGGCUGCCCCAGAUGCCUAUCUUGAACGUGUUAAAGCUGAAGCUCAAGAAAGAGACGACGACGACGAUGAUGAUGAUGAUGAAAGUACGGAUGAAGAUUUCGAUCCAGAAGCAGCCAAAAAGCGCGAUAGUGAUGUGGCUGAAGAGUUUGACAGUAAUCCAAGCUCAAGUGAAAGUGAGGAGGAUGAAGAAGAUGGAUCUGAUAGCGGAAAGAAAGACAAAAAGAAGAAGGAAAAGAAAAAGAAGAGUGCCAAAACCAUAUCCGAGAAACCCCGCAAACGUAAGGAGAAAAAAGAGAGGGACGACAACAAACCUAAACGUGCGUCAACUGCGUUCAUGUUAUGGCUGAAUGCUACCAGAGAGCAAAUUAAAAAAGAUAAUCCUGGAAUCAAGGUUACUGAGAUCGCCAAAAAAGGGGGAGAAAUGUGGAAGGAAAUGAAAGAUAAGAGCGAAUGGGAAGGAAAAGCUGCCAAGGAAAAAGAAAUAUAUACCAAGGCUAUGGCUGAAUAUAAGGCUUCUGGUGGUGGCGCCACUAGCAAUCCUAGUACAAAAUCCAAAAAAGCAUCAGCCCCGUCUAAAAAACCAUCGUCAUCUAAAAAAGCCGUUGAUUCUUCCCCCGUCAAAUCUGGUUCAUUCAAGAGUAAAGAAUUCAUCGAAGAAAGCGACAGUAGUUCGGAUGAGGAUAAAAAGAAACCCAAGAGCAAGAAUGAAGCUGCCAAGAGAAAGAAGGGCAGCGACGACGAAAAGGAAUCCAAAAAGCCUAAGAAGAAAUCCGAGAGCAGCGGAGAUGAAAAAGCCAAAUCCAAAUCCAAGCCCAAGAAGAAAGAUAGCGAUGAGGAAGUGGAAGAUGAAGAAGAGAUACUUAGUUCUCCCACUGCUAGUGAAUCUGAGGGAAGUGAUGAUGGUAGCGAUUAAUUUUAAGUUGUUCGUUAAGUAUGUUACCUCCAUUCCUCGGUACAUAUAUCUUUUCAUAUUAUUAUUUUAGCCUAGAUGUCUAGUAUUGGUAGUUUUCAUUUAAGUUUAGCCAACAUUAGUUUUCACAAUAAUUUGUAUUUGUUAUUAAUAAAAAAUUGAAAUUAU